CCCGCAGUGUGUGCGGGGAGAUGUGACAGUGAGAAGCCGAGCACAGGCCACCAUGUCCCCGGGAGCGGCCAGUAGGCUAGCCCGCUUGUGAUAUCCGCCACCCCCGCCUGCACACCUCCAGCACCGCGGGCAGCAGCCAGGGAGUCCGGCGCCUGGGACAAGAGAGGAGCCCCCCGCCUGCCACAACUCUGCCCAGGACCCGGGGGGGCUCCGCGCCGGGGCUGCCAUCACUUCUGCCGGGAGCCUCUGCAGCCGGAACAUGACUUAAUGCGGGGGACCUGAGAGAGCCGGACCUGGAGCCCCGCACCCCGCCGGAUCCCGGGAUCUCUCACCUUACUGGAUCCCGUCCGGGCACCAUCCACUGGAUCCAGCCAGGAGCCGCAUCUACCGGACCCCCCUUUACCCGGAUCCCUGAACCCGCCCGAUCCACUGGAUCCCGAAUACACCCGGCUCGCCUGGUCCCGGAAUCCACUUCUUACCGGGUCCUGAGCGGCUCUACAGCCGGAUGAGGGGCUGAUCACCUGCGGAUCACACUCAGCCCGAUCCCGGAUCACACUCAGCCCGAUCCCGGAUCACACUCAGCCCGAUCCCGGAUCACACUCACGUCUUGUUACUUUGUUACUUUUGUGGAGGAAACUAUUGGAACCUUGUACAUUGUUACCUGGAAGCUGCGAGCAGUGAGCAGGCAUGAAGAGGAGUGAUGUCUAUCCUGCUCCUCAAUGAAGUUGGUCUUGUUUAACUGGAUUCAUUAAGGAAUACAAAGAAAUCAUUACAAGGAAUCAAUAAUGGUGGCUCCUGGCAGCAGAAUGCAAACCCAUUGGUUAUUCCUUCUUAUCGCCAUCUUGCAGUGCACAGAAGGUUUCAGUCGAGCAGCACUGCCGUUUGGCCUAGUAAGACGGGAACUCGCCUGUGAAGGAUAUCCCAUCGAUCUCCGAUGUCCGGGAAGUGAUGUCAUUAUGAUAGAAAGUGCCAACUACGGUCGUACAGAUGACAAGAUCUGUGAUGCCGACCCGUUUCAGAUGGAGAACGUAGACUGCCAUCUUCCAGAUGCCUACAAAAUCAUGUCACAAAGGUGUAACAAUAGGACGCAGUGUGUGGUGAUCACAGGAUCAGACGUGUUCCCUGACCCGUGUCCGGGGACCUACAAGUACUUGGAAGUCCAGUAUGAAUGUGUACCAUACAAAGUGGAGCAAAAAGUUUUUGUUUGCCCUGGGGUGUUGAAAGGAGUUGUGGACUCACCAUAUAUUUUUGAAGCUGAACAGAAGGCAGGUGCCUGGUGCAAAGACCCCCUUCAAGCUGCCGAUAAAAUUUAUUUCAUGCCCUGGACUCCGUACCGCACGGAUACUUUAAUAGAAUAUGCCUCCUUGCAAGAUUUUCAAAAUGGCCGACAGACUACAACGUAUAAACUUCCCAACCGGGUGGACGGCACUGGAUUUGUGGUUUACGAUGGGGCGGUGUUUUUUAACAAGGAAAGAACAAGGAAUAUUGUUAAGUUCGACUUGAGGACUAGAAUCAAGAGCGGGGAAGCGAUUAUAAAUUAUGCCAAUUACCAUGACACCUCUCCGUACAGGUGGGGCGGAAAAACUGAUAUCGACCUGGCGGUCGAUGAAAAUGGCUUGUGGGUAAUCUACGCCACGGAACAAAACAAUGGGAUGAUCGUGAUCAGCCAGUUAAACCCUUACACCCUGCGAUUUGAGGCAACGUUCGAAACGGCCUACGAUAAGCGGGCAGCAUCCAACGCGUUCAUGAUAUGCGGGGUCCUGUACGUGGUUCGGUCGGUCUACCAAGACAACGAGAGCGAGACCGGGAAGAACACAAUUGACUACAUCUUCAACACCAAGCUGAACCGAGGAGAGUCUGUUGAUAUUCCGUUCCCCAAUCAGUAUCAAUACAUUGCCGCUGUGGAUUACAACCCUAGGGACAAUCAGCUGUACGUGUGGAAUAACAACUUCAUUCUACGAUACUCUCUAGAGUUUAUCCUUCAGGACUUAGCCCAAGUGCCUACAACCGUAGUGGCAGAAACACCACCGGUUCAGCUAGUCGAGACAACCGUAUCCACCACCACUACGACUUCACAGAAAGCUCUCAUUAGCACUACAUCGGCUGCAGGUACAAAGGAAGGAAGCAAAGGACUCAAGCCUCCAGCCGUCCUGUCUACCACAAAGAAUCCUCCUCCAACCAGCGUCUUCCCUCUGCCGGAGAAGUUCUGUCUAGCUAAGGAAUUAAAGGGAAUCAGUUGGCCGCAAACGCAGAGAGGGAUGCUUGUGGAACGCCCCUGCCCCAAAGGAACUCGAGGAACGGCUUCAUACCUCUGCUUGAUGACCACUGGAACCUGGAAUGAAAGGGGCCCAGAUCUUAGCAAUUGUACCUCACAUUGGGUCAGCCAGCUGACUCAAAAGAUAAGGAAUGGAGAGAACGCUGCUAACUUGGCUAAUGAUCUGGCAAAAUACACUAAGGAACCGGUGUUUGCCGGGGACAUCAGCUCAACAAUUAGACUCAUGGAACAACUGGUGGACAUCUUGGAUGCUCAGUUACAGGAUCUGAAGCCUAGCGAGAAGGACUCUGUUGGACGCAGUUAUAACAAGCUGCAAAAACGAGAGAAGACUUGCAGAGUUUACUUAAAGGCUAUUGUGGACACAGUGGACAAUCUCCUGAGGUUUGAUGCUUUGGAAGCUUGGAGAGACAUGAACUCAUCAGAGCAAGCACAUGCUGCCACCAUGUUACUGGAUACCCUCGAGGAAGGUGCAUUUGUACUGGCGGACAACCUGGCCGACCCCACAAGAGUCACCAUGCCCACAAACAACAUAGUUCUCGAAGUGGCUGUGCUCAAUACAGAGGGCCAGGUGCAAGAGUUGAGAUUUCCUCAGGGUAACAACGAAGAUAACCUGAUCCAGCUUUCCGCAAACACCGUCAAACAGAACAGCAGGAAUGGGCUCGCCAAGUUGGUCUUCAUCAAGUACAAAAGCCUGGGCCAGUUCCUCAGCACGGAAAAUGCCACCAUAAAACUGGGCAGCGAUCUGGCCGGCCGAAACAGCACCCGCGUCGCCGUGAAUUCGGACGUGAUCGCGGCCUCCAUAAACAAGGAAUCGAGUCGUGUUUUUCUAACGGACCCCGUGUACUUCACACUGAAGCACAUCGAUCCCCUUAAUUAUUUUAAUGCCAACUGCUCUUUCUGGAACUACUCGGAGAGAACGAUGAUGGGAUAUUGGUCCACGCAGGGUUGCCGUUUGAUAGAAACCAAUGAGACCCACACAACCUGCGCUUGCAGCCACUUAACCAAUUUUGCCAUCCUCAUGGCCCAUCGAGAGAUCGUGUACAAAGACAGUAGACACGGACAGUUCUUGGAUGUCAUCACACGUAUGGGAAUAGUCAUCUCCCUGGUCUGUCUUGCCAUUUGUAUUUUUACCUUCUGCUUCUUCCGCGGUCUCCAGAGUGAUCGAAAUACAAUACACAAGAAUCUUUGCAUCAACCUUUUCAUUGCGGAAUCUUUGUUCUUGAUCAGCAUUGAUAAAACAAGCAACGAGAUCGCCUGUGCUAUUCUUGCUGGUCUCCUUCAUUACUUCUUCCUGGCGGCCUUUGCCUGGAUGUGCCUGGAAGGAGUCCAACUUUACCUCAUGCUUGUGGAAGUAUUUGAAAGCGAAUAUUCAAGGAAAAAGUAUUAUUACGUCGUCGGUUACCUCUUCCCGGCCAUUGUGGUUGGAGUCUCAGCCGCCAUCGACUACAAAAGCUAUGGAACUGAGAAAGCGUGCUGGCUGAGGGUAGACACCAAUUUCAUAUGGAGUUUUAUUGGUCCGGUGGCUUUCAUUAUUCUGCUCAAUCUUGUUUUCUUGGUGAUCACGCUGUGCAAAAUGGUGAAGCACUCCAACACUUUAAAACCAGACUCCAGCCGCCUCGAAAACAUUAAUAACUAUCGUGUAUGCGACGGCUACUAUAAUACGGACUUACCUGGAUAUGAAGAUAAUAAGCCUUUUAUCAAGUCCUGGGUUCUUGGUGCUUUCGCCCUCAUGUGUCUGCUCGGUGUCACGUGGUCUUUUGGCCUGUUUCUCAUCAAUGAGGAGACUGUUGUAAUGACGUACCUUUUCACAGUGUUCAACGCCUUCCAAGGAGUGUUUAUUUUUAUAUUUCACUGUGCCCUUCAGAAGAAAGUACGUAAGGAGUACAGCAAGUGUUUCAGGCACACUUACUGCUGUGGUGGUCUUCCAACCGAAAGCCCUCACAGUGUGGUGAAAGCUUCGACUGCAAGAACCAGCGCUCGAUAUUCCUCUGGCACCCAGAGCCGCAUCAGAAGAAUGUGGAACGACACAGUGAGAAAGCAAUCCGAAUCUUCCUUUAUCUCAGGUGACAUAAACAGCACAUCCACACUUAAUCAAGGAAUGACUGGCAAUUAUCUACUAACAAACCCUCUUCUUCGACCCCACGGCACUAACAACCCCUAUAACACACUGCUCGCCGAAACUGUUGUAUGUAAUACCCCUACUGCUCCUGUGUUUAACCCACCAGCGAACUACAGAGAGACAAGACAUUCACUGAACCAUGUCAGGGAUUCAAGUGCCAUGGAUACUCUACCGCUAAAUGGUAACUUUAACAACAGCUACUCUCUAAGGAACGGGGACUACGGUGACGGAGUGCAAGUUGUGGACUGUGGACUAAGUCUGAAUGAUACGGCAUUUGAAAAAAUGAUAAUUUCAGAACUAGUGCACAACAACCUGCGGUGUAGUAGCAAGAACCACAAUUUAGAAAGAAACCUGCCUGUCAAAACUGUAAUUGGGGGAAGCAGCAGUGAAGACGACGCCAUAGUAGCUGAUGCUUCCUCUUUGAUGCACGGUGAUAACCCCGGGCUGGAGCUUCACCACAAAGAGCUAGAAGCCCCUCUUAUCCCGCAACGGACUCACUCUCUUCUGUAUCACCCACAGAAAAAAGUGAAAACCGAAGGAACGGACAGCUAUGUGUCACAGUUAACCGCCGAAGCCGACGACAAUCUUCAAUCCCCAAAUAGAGACUCCCUCUACACUAGUAUGCCCAACCUACGGGACUCUCCUUACCCAGAGAGUAGCCCCGAUGUUGAAGAGGAUUUAUCGCCCUCUAGGAAGAGUGAGAACGAGGACGUUUAUUAUAAAAGCAUGCCAAAUCUUGGAGCUGGGCACCAUCUUCAGAUGUACUACCAGAUAAGCCGGGGCAACAGCGACGGUUACAUUAUCCCCAUAAACAAAGAAGGCUGCAUCCCUGAAGGAGAUGUCAGAGAAGGACAAAUGCAGUUAGUCACAAGUCUUUAAUAAAAAAGAAAAAUUUAAAAGAUUUUUUAGGAGUGCAAAUGGCUCUUGCAGGUAUUAAAACAAACAAAAAAAAAGACUAAAUUUUUUUCGACUGAGGCCACCUUAUUUGUGAUUGGCAGCCUUGUAAGGACUCGCAGCUCUCCAUUGUGUAGGAAAGUGAUGGACAUUUUCAGUUCUGUGAAUUUCCUUUUUUAAAUAAAUUAAAAAUGUAAAAAAAAAAAAAAAAAAAAAAAACUUUGUAUAUACACAGAGUAUACUAAGAUUAUUUGUUACAAAGCAAAGAGGUACCAACACGGUAUUUAAAAUAAAAAAAAAAUUUAAAAAUUAUCUGCUGCUGAAUAAAAAAAAAACUUUUUGGAGGAAAAAAACUAUUCAGUACGUCGUCAAAAUCCAGCCAUUUGCUGCAGCAGCUCCAGAACCUGAUUUGUAAAUACGGAUGCCAUUUUGUGAGGCCUGCAUUGUAUUAUAUACAAGAUGUGGGCUCCGAAAUCCUGUGGGAUAGAUUUACUGUACCAUACUGUUUCUGAGUAGUCUGCAGGAUGUUUUUGUUUAGUUUUUUUGUUUUUUUUUUCCUCCUGCUUUGCAGGUCACUGCAGAUCCUUUUCAUUACGGCAAAGAUUAAGAACAUGUCUAACCACUAGCAAUCAAGCCACUGGCCUUAUUUCAUAUGUUUUCUCAACUGUACAAUGAACUGUUAUCAUGGAAAAAUAAUGGCAAAAUAAAUUAUAUUUUGUUCUAUUGCUAGGGUGAAAUACAUUUGUGUCCAACUUAAACUAAAUGUCGAUGAAAUAGUUUUGAAAUUUGACAAAAAAAAUAUUGUGAAAAAAAUCUCAAAUUGCACAAAGCCUUUUUGUUUUGUUUUUCCUCUUUUUUUAUAUAUAUACACUCGCCUGUUUAAUGUGGUAUUAAAUGAGACGAUUCAAAUUCAUCAUCAAAAUGUAUUUUUUUUUCAUGACAAUCUUUGUCCACGUUAGUAUUUAAUUUUUAAUUUUAUGUUUUUAAUUUGAUGCCAAAUGCUUUUAUUUUUUUUUUUUUUUUUUUUAGAGAAGAGCCUUUAUUGUAUAUUCAGGAACCAAUGUUGCCGUUAAUUGCACAAAUUUGGUAAAUCUGGCUAAAAUAUUGAACAGGGAUUCUUGGCACGAGCUAAAUUUCUAUAAAUUCUGAAAUUAGCGGUGCCUGACAUAUAUAAAUAUAUAUAUUUUUUUUAAAUAACAGUCUGGAAUAUUACUCCAUGAUCUUUUCUGCCUAUGUUUAGCCAUUAAUUUAUUUUAUAAUUAAAGCAUUGUGUACAUUUUCAGUGAAAAUUUCAUUUUCUUUUAUUUCAUUUUUCUUUUAAACUUCAGCUGUUAAUAAGAGCCCAUCACUAAUAUCCAAUGUAAAGAUUAACACCUGUUUGACAGUAAAUAAAUGUGAAUUUUUUUUUCAAAAAUGCUACUGCUGUUUUUAUGGUUUGUAGGGUUGAAACAGGCUGUUCCCAGAGUCCUUUGUUGACUUAUUGUAGGGAUAGUGAGAAAUUAGCAUACUUGACAAUAAAACCUCUUUACUUUUGUAAUGAAA